CCAGAUGGAGGCCUGACACGCAGAAGGGGUUGCGCGCACACCGCUCUGUUCCGUGGCUGCCUGGCCGUCAUGUCUCCCCUCGCCCCGGGUUGCGGGUCCCUCCGGUCCGCACUUCUGCUCCCCCUGACGGUGCUGUUGUUACAUGCUGGCGUGUCCCGGGGCCUGUACUUCCAUAUCGGGGAGACGGAGAAACGCUGCUUCAUUGAGGAGAUCCCGGAUGAGACGAUGGUGAUAGGUAACUACAAGACCCAGCUUUGGGAUAAAACGGCUGAAACUUUUCUUCCUUCUACCCCAGGCCUGGGUAUGCAUGUGGAGGUGAAGGACCCAGAUGGGAAGGCGAUUCUCUCCAGGCAGUAUGGGUCAGAGGGGCGCUUCAUCUUUACCUCUCACACCCCAGGGGAGCACCAGAUCUGUCUGCACUCCAACUCGACAAGAAUGUCUCUCUUCUCUGGAGGAAAACUGCGAGUUCAUUUAGAUAUACAGAUUGGAGAACACACAAAUAACUACCCUGAAAUUGCAGCAAAGGACAAACUGACAGAAUUGCAGCUUCGAGUCAGACAGCUGUUGGAUCAAGUGGAGCAAAUUCAAAAGGAGCAGAACUACCAGCGGUACCGAGAAGAGAGGUUCCGCUUAACCAGCGAGAGCACUAACCAGCGUGUCCUAUGGUGGUCCAUUACCCAGACUCUCAUCCUCAUCCUCACGGGCAUCUGGCAAAUGAAACAUCUGAAAAGCUUUUUUGAGGCCAAGAAACUUGUGUGAAGCAUCUACCUCCUGUGUCCAACUUUAUACUAUAUCCCUACACAUACAGAAACAAACCUGGUUGUCGCCCUGCAUUAUAUACGGUCUCAUGUACAUUGGAAUAAUAGCCUUUGUACAUUGACACUCAUAAUUAAUGCCAGUGGGGCAAAAACCACAAUGGUCCAUUUCUCGCACAUUUGGAAAUUUUAGCUGCUGGCAGGAAAAGUCUGACUGAGGAGGCAGUGUAGUGAGGUUUAUAUUUGUGUACAAGUUAUAUCUUCUGUCCUGUUUAUAGCCGGAGCUGUAAGAUCCAUGUGCCCCUAAUAUGGGCAGUUAACAUGCAUCUUAAAUUCCCUUUCCACCUACCUCCUUUAAGAGCUUUCCCACCCUAAUAUCUGCAAUACAAUUCAAACUGUCAUCUUUUUUAAGAGCCUCUAUAGUCAGCCAUCUCCUAUAAAUCAGUAAUUUGGUGGGUUUUUAACUUAACACUGCAGUUGGCUGUAUGUGAGCACGUCAAUUCACAUAGGCUAAUGCAGUCAACAUCCAGAAUGAUGACUCUUUACCGAUAAUGGAGUAAAGAGCCUUGUGUGUAAAAGAGAGGGGAGGUGGCACUUUCCCUCCUCCACUUCCUUUAUAAAUAACGAGGAUUUGUAGUUCAAUCACUGCACUGCAGAUAAUAGUCUGCUUCUUGGUUAUAAAGACUGGAUCUCUGACAGUAGCCUGUGAUUUUUUAUUUUCGUUUUGUUUUUAUGUAGCUUUACUGUAACUCCUGUAUAUAAGGUAAGAUCUCUGCAAGAAAGGUGGGGUUUGAUGUGACCCCUUUUAAAAAACUGGGGAUAUUUAUGAAAACAAGUUUUGAGUAUUUGCA